AUGAAGUACCUUGUUUAUGUCCACCUUCAUCAACAUUCAGGAGAUAUUGCCUAUGCAAAAUGCUACUGCGCUGGUGGCUGUUGUAAACAUGUGGCGGCUACUUUGUAUCAGCUUCUCGAUUAUAUUGAACUUGGACUCUCAGAUAUACCAGAUGAUAAAACCUGCACCCAGGAAUUACAAAAGUGGCAUGUCCCUAGAAAGAAUACAACACAAGCAGCCCUGCUUUUCGAGCACCUCAUUUCCCCCCCAGGAUUCGUAUGAUACGGACAAAAAAGGACGUAAACGCCCAAUACCAGAAGGGAAGAGGGAGAACUACUGCUCAAGAGAGAAGGUGUCAAAGGAUGACUUGGAAUGGCUUAAAACUAGCUUGGAAAAAGCAGGAAGCACUUGUCAUUUGGUUGGUAUCCUAGGGAAUACCAAUUGUGAACCUUGUGAGUUUACUGCAAAUGAAUUACCAUCUAGACAGCGCAUAAUGAAGGCAGGGGAAGUAGGUGACAAACUGGACCAAACAGCGGUCAGAUCUAGUAUUCUAAAAAAAUUAAUUCAGAAUUUAGAUUGUACUUGUGUUCCAGACAAGGAAAAUUGUGAAAAAUAUAUUAUGGAGAAAUUGUUUGUUAAUAAUGAGGGAUGCAGAGAGAUUGAGAAGAACACGCGCAAGCAAAAUGAGUGUGAAGAGUGGUAUAAACAUGACAGAGAAAAUGUCGGUUGA